UGCCUGUGGAUACAACAGGGGGAGCUUGAAAACGCUUGUUUACGGUGGAGAGCGCCAGUCUGACCGGAGGACGCGCGUGUGACGGACGCAUCGGCGCAUUUCCCGCAGAUGGGAUAAAAGCGAACCUGGAAAGCGCAUGGCAGUAGUUAUCCACAGCGCAGCUAUAGAGAAACCCAAACUCCUGCUUCUGCUGUAGAUGCUCAUCGGCUGUUCAUAGAAUCCCUGGGUUUUUCCCUUUCAUGACCGGUGCGCAUUUUGUCUGGUUUGCUUUAGGACAAAAGAAGGAUAUCUGUCUUUACCAACAAGCUUUUUAUUGGACCGGACGCGCUGGGUGAGAUGGAUAUCGAAAAGUACCUGCCACAACUGAUGGCGGAGAAGGAUUCUCUGGAUCCCUCCUUUCAACACUCCUUGCGGCUUCUUGAUCAAGAAAUUGAAAAGAUUCAGAAGGAUGAAGACAAAGAGGAAGAGAAGUUCAUUGAUGUGGUCAUUAACAAGAACAUGAAACUGGGACAGAAGAUUUUGAUCCCAGUAAAACAGUUUCCCAAAUUUAAUUUUGUGGGUAAACUCCUGGGUCCUCGAGGGAACUCAUUAAAGAGACUACAGGAAGACACGCUGACCAAGAUGUCCAUCCUCGGCAAAGGAUCCAUGAGAGAUAAAGAAAAGGAGGAAGAACUUCGGAAGAGCGGAGAGGCAAAGUAUCAUCACCUUAAUGAGGAUCUUCACGUGUUAAUCGAAGUCUUCGCCCCACCUGCAGAAGCCUACGCGAGAAUGGGUCAUGCGCUGGAAGAGAUCAAGAAAUUUCUAAUUCCAGACUAUAACGAUGAAAUCAGACAGGCUCAGCUACAGGAACUGACGUAUUUAAAUGGAGGCUCGGAAGACGCAAAGGUUCCAGCUGCGAGAGGAAAAAGCAGCACACGGGCACGAGGAACGCCAACGCCGGGAGCUGUCAGGGGUAGAGGAGGGGUUCCUCCUCCUCAUGCUGCCGUUCCACGUGGGGCGGCGCCCAGAGGAGCUCCGCCCAGCAGGGUUCCAUCCAGCAGAGCUAGGGGCGUUGCCUCACAGCGAGCGAGAGGAGCUCCGCCCCCAGCCGGGUACAGACCUCCCCCUCCGGUGGUACAGGAUACCUAUGGUGAAUAUGAAUACGACGAUGGAUACGGAAUGGCUUACGAUGACCCGGGAUAUGAUUCCUAUGACAACAGCUACAGUAACCAGGCACAGAGUUCAGAGGAUUAUUAUGAAUACAGUCACGGUAUCAGUGGAGAAUCGUAUGACUCGUACGGCCAGGAGGAAUGGACAAACAGUCGCAAGAAGGCGCCACCGGCAAGAACGAGCAAAGGAGUUUACAGAGAGCAACCGUAUUCCCGGUUCUGACCUGCUACAGUCCUUCCCGUGCCCCUCCAAGUAAUGGAUUUUCUAUGGACUCUAUUUCCUUUUUCGAAUAAAAGCAACCAAAACAACAAAAAUAUAAAGCAAGUUAAAGAAGUUGAUGGGUAUAAUACAUUUUUUGGACAUGGGUCUGUUGCCGGUAGGAUCUUGUUAGACGGACAAUCCCCACAAACUGUUCACUAGAUAAUGUAGUACCAGACAACCAAUCAGAAUUCAGAUUAAGAUACAUAUAUUACAGGGGCACUCGUGGUUAGGGGCGGGGUUAAAUGAAGUGUUUGAUGUUUAGAUUUAGCCAGGUUGGUUUUUGUAGAUACUUUAUUUCUGAAGGGUUACCAGCUUCAAUGUGUCCCUUGUACAUUGUACCUUUAAUGAAAAUGAAUUCGAAAAUAUAAAAAACGAUCUUCAUGCACAUAUUGUUGUUUUCCUCAUUUCUCUUUUUUAAGUGGGAAGUUCAGCGUUAAAGGGCUUAUAGGAGCAUGUCGU